AUGUCUUUAAAAAGGAAUGUUUCAACGCAAACCCUUCCUAAUCACACAGUUGAACGUACUUCAACUUUAUGUAUAUCGCCAAACUGUCUAAGAAAAGUGUCCGACACCACUCGAAAACCGACAUUUAGCAUGUUAAAAAUAACGUGUGUUCAAAAUAUCGAUUAUAAUUUACAACUUUUGCCUACAUUAUGCCACCUCAGCGAGGAAGACAUGCAAAAAAUGGAUAUUGUUUUAUUCCAACAACACAUUAUUAAUAGAAUAGACGGCAAAUUAUCUACCCUUAAUACGAAAAAAGAAAAUAUAAUAUUAAAGCGUCUAUGUAGACUGGAGAUAUGGAGACAAUUUGGAUUCUCUCAUAUCGAACCAGAACCAUUAACGAAGCCUCGACAAUUCAACAAAACAUUAUUACGACAGAAACUUAUGAUGGCAAAGCAAGAAUUACUAUCCUUAGAAAUCGCUGCGAUUGAUAUGGCGUUUCUAAGUUUGAUAAAAAACUUAUUGUUAGAAAGGUAUCCACUAAUAUUCUCAUUUAAUUUCCAAGAGAAACUUCAAUCUACAACCAAAUAUAUCCCAACGAUUUCAAAAUCUAUCACGCGUAUUAUCAAAAAUAGUCCUAAUGUUGAAUUUCGGUCGCAAGCCAUUGAACUCAUCAAAAAAACUCGUAAACAUGUCAAUUUAUCUUUCUCGUUAUAUCGAGAUAUCAAAGAAGGUCCUGAUUUAACAUCAAUCCAGACAAAGAAUAUUUUAGGAAAUGGGUUAUACACAAUCGCUAGAGACACCAAUGUGCCUGCUCCAUUAGUUAUAGAGCACGUAUCAAGUGAUGAAGAGAUAUCGGACAACCGCAUAAUGUCACGAGACAUUAUUAAAUCAGGAAAACCUGAUUUGAAUUAUAAUUCAAAGGAUAUUUGCGAUGUAUCUGAAGUCGAUUUCGAAAUGAUUCUGAAUGAAGAAGACGGAAAAUUAUUAUUUGACACGGAUGAAGGUCUGUUCAUUGGAGAAAAGACAUUUGAUGUUGAAGAUGAAUCAAUGUUUGAAAAUGAGUGUGACAAUAACCAAAAUUUGGUUGAAGAAGAGUUUGAAUAUUCUUCAAGUUCCGAGAAUUAUGAAGAUUUUUGGGAUGAAGAGGAGAUACAAUUCCUUUUUGGAACCAGCAAUUCGGCAAAUGCAAUUUCUAUGGAUUUAACUAAUGAUUAUAAAAUCGAGUCCUCCAAAAAAGAAAUUUCACAUGAAACAUUUAAUAUAGUAGACGAUGUUGAUUUAUUGGAUUUUGGAACAUUUGAUGAAGUUAUGCACGACGAGUAUUUAAAUUUAGAUAAUUCGGAGGGAUCAUCCUCACUCAUCAAGCGAUAUGUUUCAAAUAAUUUGUUUCCACAUUCACGGCCGAGAAGCCCUUUUAGAGACAAGACGAUCACUUUACUUCAAGGGCAAGAGACGCGUGAUUUCAAAAAAAAUUUGCAAAAAUCGAUGUUAUUUCAACAGGUUCCAAUUGAGAAAAAUCAAGGUUUAGAAGACACUUUUUUUGAUCAGAUGUUUGAUGGAUGGUCGUGA